AUGGCUGAUCGUGAGCUGAGGGAAUUCGGCCACAGUGUCGUCAACUGGUUCAAGGCCUUCCCUUCCAACACUCCUCGCUACAUCUACGAGCGACUCCCCAUCAUCAAAUGGCUGCCAAAGUACAACCGCACCUGGGCCCUUAGAGACAUCAUCGCCGGCAUCACUGUCGGUCUGAUUGUCGUCCCCCAGGGAAUGUCUUAUGCCAAGGUCGCGGGCCUGCCGGUCCAACACGGUCUUUAUUCUGCUUACAUCGGUGCUAUCUUUUACUGCUUCAUGGGAACCUCCAAGGAUUUGACUAUCGGACCAACUGCUGUUAUCUCGCUCAUUACUGGUGAACUCGUUGCUGAACUUACCGGACGCAUGACCCCUCCCGAGGUGGCCGCCAUUUCUUGUUUGUGCGUCGGUGCCCUGACCUUGAUCCUCGGAGUCCUCCGUCUCGGAAUCAUCCUCGACUUCUUCCCAACAACCGUCCUUGUCGGCUACACCACCGGUGCGGCUGCUACAAUUAUCAUCCAGCAGAUCCCCAAGUGGCUCGGUGUGCCCGGAAUCAACAACCGCGCACCCGUCUACACUAUCAUCAUCACCAUGUUCCAGGCCAUCAAAACGCUUUCCUGGUUGGAUCUGGUGUUUGGUUUGCUGGGCUUCUUCAUUUUGGUGGGCAUCGGUCUCGCGGUCGACCGUUGGGGUCGCGGCAAGUUCUCGAUUCAGCUGAUCAAGAUUUCGCGUUUCUUCAUCGUCACUGUCAUCGCCACGGUCGCUUCAUACAUCAUCAACAAGGACGCUCCUCACGACGCCAAGGGCCAAAUCAUCCCUCGCAUCUCAAUCUUGAAGACUGUGCCCUCCGGUUUGCCUUCACCACGCGUUCCAAGCGUUUCAUCUGAUAUCUUUAACGAAAUUGUGCCCAAACUUUUUGCGAUCGCCCUGGCUACGAUUUUGGAGCACAUUGCUAUCUCCAAGGCCUUUGCUCGCCGUAACCGCUACCAGAUCGACGCCAACCAGGAAUUGUUGACCCUGGGUCUUGCCAACGUUACCGCUUCGUUUUUUGGUGCCUACACUGUCACUGGAUCCUUCUCGCGCUCUGCUGUCAAGUUCCAGUGCGGCGUCAAAUCGCCUUUUGCUGGAUUCGUCACCGGCGCUCUUGUUCUUUUGGCCCUUUAUUUCUUGACCCCUGCUUUCUUCUACAUCCCUGAUGCAGCCCUGUCCGCCGUCAUCAUGGUCGCUGUCGCCACGUUGGUCAGUCCUCCCUCAGUCUUCAUCCAGUUCUACAAGGUCAAUCUCUGGGACUUCCUCUCUUCCCAGGUCGCCCUUUGGGUCACCAUCUUUGUCUCUGUCGAGACCGGUAUCGCCGCUGGUGUUAUCUUUUCGCUCGUCGUCCUCCUUUUCCGUGUUGCACGCCCCAACUUCCAUCUCAUGCGCCAGAUCAAGGAUCGCCCUGAUGUCUUUGUCGAUACCGUUGUCGGCAGCACCUUUGACACCGUCCCCGCUCCUCAUGGUGUCUUGGUUUUCAGAAUUGAGGAGUCGACCACGUUCCCUAACGCUGAUGCCUUCAAAACCUGGGUCCUUGAUGAGGUCUACAAGUACACCCGCUUCGGUGGUCGCCAGAAGAGCGUCAGCGAGAAGCUCUGGUCAGAUGAUUUGGAUGUUCACAUCCGCAACUUGCGAAAGAUUGCUCACGGUGCUGACUCGCACAUCACGGACGACGAUCUGCCCAAGCUUCGCUCUGUCGUCCUUGAUUUCUCUGCUGUCAACAACAUCGAUUCGACCGGUCUUCAGGGACUCUUUGACUUGCGCGAGUUGCUCAGGGACUAUGCUGGUGUAACUGACUAUCCCGAGACGUUCUUUGAGCUUCACUUUGUCGGUAUCCAGGCCAACGUCUUGCGCAUCUUGGAGCUCUCUGGCAUCACCCGCCCCGUUGCACCCAUUGCUUUGCAGAAGGUCGAGGUCUUGGAGGAUGUCAAGUCUGACGCUGUCGACACCAUUGAUUCCGACAUCAAGCCUGCUGCUCGCCCUGUUCCUGGCGAUAUCGGAUCCGCUGCUGUUUCGGUCCUUGGCUCGAGCCCCUUCUUGAAGGAGGAGGGAUUGGUCCACCUCACGGUCCGCGAUGCUGUUGAUUCGGUCUUGAUCCGCGCUGACUCCUGGCAGAAGGACCAUACUACUCAUGGUGGCGAACACCAUCACAACGGCUCGGAUUCGGACUCUGAGCACAAGGACAAGACUGAGAUCCACUACGUUUAG